UUGGGUUCCUGCAGCCCCGCUGCUCCUCUUGCCCAAUGGAGCCGCCUAACAGGUUCUGGGCCUCUCUCUGGUACUUCAUCAAGUUCCUGCCCUACUUCUGCGGCCUCUUCAUCCUGGGGCUCAUUAAAGGUGUGCUGCUAUGUCCUUGGGCAUGCCUUAUCAUGGCGAUUGGAAUAUCUGCACUAAUUCUUGGGUUAUGGCCUAUGCAUCUGAUCUGGACAUACUACUGCAUUGUCAGAACCAGAAUGGUGGGACCUGUAGUAAAGCUUCUACUUCUUAUUGCUGCCACUGUAAUCUUGAUCUUAUGGCUGAUAAUCGGCAUCCCUGGAAGCGCUUUUGCUGGACUACUAUAUGGCUUUCUAGCACCAAUAAUGGCCACGUUCGAUGCUGUUGGAGAAGGCAAAGAAAAUCCAUUUGUUCAUUGCUUUGUGGAUGGGACAUGGAGUACUAUCACCGGAAGCUGUACGGUAGUCAGGGAUUUGAAAGACUUGCUUUUCCACUCUUAUUUUUCAAUAAUGGAUGACCUUCGUUUCCAGGCACCUCCUAAUGGGAAGCCAUAUGAGAUAAGAUUGCUUCAUAUUCCUGGAGCAUUGUUAUCUGCUGCCUGUGGACUCGUACUGGAUGGAAUAAUGUUCACGCUAAUUGCCAUCUACAAGUGCCCUGUGAUGCUUUUCAAAGGGUGGAAACGACUGAUUCAGGAUUUGAUUGGGAGAGAAGGACCUUUUCUGGAGACAGCAUGUGUGCCAUUCGCAGGUCUUGCUAUUCUUCUUUGGCCAUUUGCAGUACUAGGAGCUAUGCUUGCAUCCAUCCUCGCCAGUAUUCCUUUAGGCUUGUAUGGUGCAGUUAUAGCUUAUCAGGAAUCCUCCGUUGUCAUGGGACUCUCUUAUGCCAUCUCAUCUGUGUCCAUCUUUGACGAAUACACGAAUGAUGUACUUGACAUGGCACCGGGAUCUUGCUUUCCAAAGUUGAAAUAUCGGAAAAAAGAAGGUUCUUCACAUGGUGGUCACCUAUCUAAACCAGCCUCAUUCGACAAGGAGAAGGAGGAAGGAAAGAAACCUCUAGCACGUGUUACAUCAUUUAAGAACAGCAUAGAUGAGUUCAAUCCAUUUAAGAUGCUAGACCACUUAUUUGAUGAAUGCAAGCGCCAGGGAGAGGUUUUGGUGAAUGAAGGAGUGAUAACAAUGAAAGACAUUCAAGAAACGAAGUCAGGCAAAGUUGGCAGUGGGGUCCUUAAUGUUGGUUUACCUGCAUAUGUAAUGCUUAAUGCACUCAUUCGGUCUGCAAAAGCUAAUUCUGAUGGCCUACUCUUAAGUGAUGGGGCUGAGAUAACAUCUGAGAACAGGCCUAAAAGUACUCUCUUUGAUUGGUUCUUUGACCCGCUUAUGGUCAUCAAAGAACAAAUUAAAGCCGAAAAAUUUACAGAAGAAGAGGAAGAGUACCUCAAAAAGAGAGUACUGAUGAUUGGUGAGCCCAGCAACCUCAAGGACACUCUUCCUCAUGUGCCAUCAUUGAAUGAGCGAAAAAGAGCAGAAAUCGACGCGUUUGCUCGAAGGUUGCAAGGAAUCACAAAGUCGAUAUCAAGAUAUCCGACAUCCAAGCGUCGUUUUGAUGUUCUUGUAAAGGCGCUCUUGUUAGAGCUCGAGAGGACGAUGGGCGGCAGCCUACCUGCCAAUGGAUCCCAAGCGCUAAAGUUGAGAGGCGGCAUUGCCAGAAUGCUUAGCCAAAAAUCCGUUGGGAAAACAGCAAACAUCAUAGAUGAAGAUCCAGAAGCACAAAUAACAAGGAAAGCUCGCACUCCAUGAUAACUUUGUUGAUGCAGUGUGUAGGUAGAAAGCUAGGGAAGGACAAAGGAUUUACCUGUAACUUUUAACUCCCUGAAAUUGUGUAGAUGAAGCAGGUAUGAGUUAUGAAGGUUGUUCAGUGUACAUUUGAGUUGUUUCAGGUAUGGAUGUGUGAUUUGCGGGCAUUGGUUUUUGCAGACAUGGCUCAAUGAAUGAAGCAAACAUAUACUACCCCA